GGGUCUGGAAGCAUAAAAUGAUGUUCAAUGUUUGAAAAAUCGUUAGAAUCGUUCAAAAUCUCUUUUGUGGAAUGUAAAAUUUGCACAGUAGAUGGCGCUAAGGGGAGACGGUGUCAAAAUAUUUUUCUUGCUUUGUUGUCAGUGCUCAAGGAAGUGAGACGAAAAAAAUGUUUGAGGAGUUUUUCUGGGUGUUGUAAUAAAUUGUGGGUGAUUCAGUUGAUGCAAAAGUGAGCAGGAAAGGUAGGAGAAAGUCCAGCCACGUGUGCGGGAAACUUGCCAGGCAGCUGGGCAGUGAAAAUUGGGUGCUAAAGUGGGAAAAGGGGAUGAUUUAGGGAGGAAAUCCCAGCAUAUGCAAAAGGAUUCCCCCUGACCAGGCUAUCCGGAAGAUGUUCAAUCGACUGAAGAAUCGCGUACUGACCGUCGUGAGUCCGGAUGUGUCCAUGAUACAGGCACCUCCGCAUCACGAUCAUCACGGGAAGGUGCAUCAGGGUCAGAGACUUCCGGACAAAUUCACAUACGCACGACCCCCAUUCCUGCAGCUCGCCACCCAUGACGAGCUCAAGGCGUCCGCGGAUCACAAUGUACGCCCCAUUAUUGUGCCCAGAGACAUUUCCACCCUGCCCUGGAAUACGGGAUAUGCGGAAUGCGUGAAUUCCGGCAAGUCCGAGUGGAAUGAGGAUCAGGCUGCAUUCCAGAGGAAUAUCCUCACGCAUCCAUCCAAGCAGUACCCAGAUUUGCCCUAUACCUACUUUGGGACCUUCGAUGGACAUGCUGGGUACGGAGCUGCAUUGGCUGCUGCAAAUCAAUUCCAUCACAUUCUGCACGAGAAGCUCGUGGAUGUUCUGGAUUUGCUAAUGCCACGCUUGCCGUCAUCAUCGGACUCCGUCCUGCCCAAUACGCUCCUGUUCCACAGGAGUGUGUCGAAGGAUGAGCUAAUUAUUGGGGCGCUGGAAUCGGCAUUUGCGGAAAUGGACGCCGUGCUGGCGGAGGAUAGGGAUAAGUACAGGAAUGCGGGUGGGUGUACCGCAUUGGCGGCUCUCUUCAUCUUUGGCAAGAUGUUUGUGGCCAAUGCGGGAGAUUCGCGGGCAGUUCUGUGCCAGAGGGUGUCCACGGAUCUCCUGAAGGCACAAAUUGUGCCGCAUGAGCUAAAGGGGCCCGCCAUGACGAUGGGUGAGGAGAAUAAGACAUACCGCAUCUUCCCUAUUCCCUUUUCGCACGAUCACACCCCGGAUACGGAGAAGGCACGCCUAAUGUCCACGGCAAAGCUCAAUCCUGCCUUUAUGGGGAGUGAGUACAUUGCCAUGGAGUACGCAAAGAAGCCCAUGACGAAGGAUUUGGGCACGAGGAUUCUGUACAGGCAGGGCACAAUGAAGGGCUGGACGUACAAAACACUCACGCGGGAGGAUCUCAAGAUGCCCAUUGUGACGGGUGAGGGCAAGAGGAGUCGCCUUCUGGGCACAAUUGGGGUAACACGCGGGUUUGGGGAUCACGAUCUCCGGGCAAUUGGGAGUAAUCAACCCAUAAAGCCCUUCCUGUCACCCCAUCCGGAGGUUACGUAUCGCGAUCUCACGAAAGUCAUCUCAAUCCCGGGGGAUGACAAUGAGGAUGGGGACUAUGGGAUUCUCGUGAUGGCCACUGAUGGGCUGUGGGAUGUGGCGGAUUCCGAAGCAGUGGCCAGGACGGUAUUCCAGACGCUUGAGAAGUACCCAACGGAGAAGCAUAGGUACACAAUGGUGGCGCAGGAGCUCGUUGCCAAGUCCCGGGGGCGAGUCAAUGAAUCCGGGCAUUGGAGGCUGGCCGAUAGCAAGGCAGCCGCCACGGUGGACGACAUCAGUGUCCUCGUCAUCCCCGUGUAUCAGUAUUACGUGGAAUUCCUCGAGUGGGAGAAGGAGUGCUUCGAGCGCGAACGUGCCCAGGAAGCCAAAGUUAAUCUCACGGAUUCAGACACCGAGGAGUCCAGCAAUAAAAUCUCCUCAACAUCCGAUGAUGUGGACAUCAAUGGGAUCUUUGAGAAUGGCGAUGCCCCCGAUAAGCUUGAUACCUUCGUGGAGGAAGCCAUUGAGGCUAAUUCCACGUGAGCUUGCCUCUCCCAUUAGGCAAUCUCCCCUAAAGCGGCUUUAGUAGCAUCAUCCCAAAAACUUCCCUUCCGGAAGGCAUUCCCGGAAGUGACUCAAGCGCCCCCUUCUCUAAAACAAAAGCAUUUCUUAUCCAAAUGUGAUCUAUCGAUAGCGACUCUAGUUCGAUCAAAAACAAAAACUAACUUAUUGGCACCAUUCUAUUCCAUUUCAAAGCAUUAUGUGUGAGGUCUGAGCCACAGAUUCGUGCCGAAAAUGUUUGUCCAUCACGUUUUAUUUUAUUUUUUAUUUCUAUAAGCAAAUAAAUAUUUCUUGUAUUUUAUUUAAUGUGAAA